UGACGUAACAUACUAUUAUGAGAAGAGCCUAUUCUUUCCGACUGAAUAAUGUCUUCUGCUUAGUGAAAGUUUGAUUGUCAUCUCGUUGAAGAAAGAAAGUUUUAACUUACUUUUUACGUUAUAUAACGACAACAAGGAAAUGUUUCAUUUAAUCAUUUUUGUAAUAGGACUACCAGGUUUUCUACAUAGCCAGAAAAUAGGAAAUAAUCAAAAAGGAGGUUUUCCUGAUUAUGCGGUUCUGGGUCCAGGUCCUGUGCUACCGGAAUCUUCUCCGCAAUCUAGAGUUGAAAAAUGUGGUACUAUUUUGUUGGAUGAAUGCUUGAAGGACUUACAGACGUUUCUGAGACUCACUCAUCUACCUUUUACUUCCAAAAACAACGAACUAGACGAACUCUGCAGCCAAGCAAUCCAUGGCUAUAACUGUUCAGCAGAUGCCAUAACAUCAAAUUGCCUGAAAGGAAAAGAUAGCGAAAUCGUGCCUUUGUUCAUAGAUAUGGCUCAAUAUACUUUCUUAAUGAUGUGUGGUAACGGUUAUGACAGUCGAGGAUAUUUAGAAGAAGCUUUCCUCGAACAUUCGGAAUGUAUCCUUGAACACAAAUCCGAGAUGGAAUGCUGUGCUCAAGAGACACGGAUACCAGACUUGCCAAUUUUGAGAAUUCUUGAGCAAUCCAGCAAAAGCUUGCCCGAGAGACAGAUAUUAGCUUGCUGUCCAGUCGCUCGCUACAUGAAGUGUACCAACGAAGUGGUUAAUCGCUAUUGUGGUGAGGCGGCGGCCAACUUUACAAGUGAAUACAUAUUUCGAGCUUCAGGAGAACAACUUCAAGCAAUGUGCCAGAGAAUGCCUGGAUAUCCAAACACAGAGACAAAAAUGUGUCCUGAUCCAAUUCCAAAGUGUUCAGGGUCAUGGACAAUUUUACCAAAUUCUGUAUCAAUGGUCUUGUCUAUCUUAAUGAUGAAAUUCUAUCUCGUAUGUCUUAAAAUUCCUUAAUCUAUAGUAAAUGAACACAAUUUCUUAAGAAACGUCAACAAGUAAUAAAACUGAACUUUCGUGAGAAAUGAUUUUUAAAUAUUCAAUGCGUCUAUGUAAUACACUCGAAGAAAGUUCGAAUUAAACUUUUCAAAUUAUUACUACAACCCAGAUGUAAACACUUGGUUUCUAUGUAAUUAAUUUAUGAAGGAGAACUACAAAUAACCUUUCUGAUUAAAUUAAGCAAAUUUUACACCUAUUUUACAUUCGGCUGGAAUAAGCUGUCUAUUUUUCUACAUAAAUUAAUUAUUUAAAACAUAUAAAUUUCGUAUAAAUUUUUAUUCUUUAAAUUUGCUCUUCGAAAUAACACAUAAUUCUUUACUUUAAGAUGCAUUUGUAAACACAAACGGUGAUACUAAAUAAAAUGUUUUAAUAAUUUACCAAGAUUGGUCAAUAUCUAUUUUUCUAGUCUUUGUUCUUCGAUAAGUUUGAACGAUAGUCGUUUUAGGCGUGAAAAUUCUUCUGCUACAAUUUAGCUCGUAUGUAUGUAUAUUUCCGUCAAUUCUCACUGCAUAUUUACUAUAUUAAUUACAAUUUAUAAAUGUUAGUAUUUGCACUGAAUUUAAAUGAAAAUAAAGAAAUGUGCGAAAUAGAAUUGUUUACUUUAAAUGUAACAUCUAAAUUUAUCGAUAUUAUGAAUACAAUGUUUUCUUUUUCUUCCCAAUAAUUUCGUUUUUUAAAACACAUCUCAUUUUAAUUUUAAGAAGGGAUUUUACUCAAUUCAAAAAUUAAAGCAUAAUAUUAUUAUUUUUAUUAAUUUUCAUUUUAGUUCUUCACAUUCACAUUACUUCGAGCGGCACCUUCAGUGCAGUUUGAGAUUUGAAGUUAUUAACUUUAUAUUGAAUUAAAGAUUUUUACUAUUAAUUUGUUAUUUUAUAUUACUCAUAACUUCGCUACUAAUCAGAGAUCACAUAUUAUCCUAAUAUUUUACUAUUGUUUAAGUUACUAUGGAAUUUGAAUUUGUACAUAAUCACCACCUCGUAGGCUCAGGAGAAAUGCCUAUUAUCAAAUAUUUUAUUACGUAAUAUGUUCAAAAAGAUUUGAAGUCUGUCAUAAAAAUUGUUAAUUUUAUUAAUUUUAUCACGUUACGGACCACUAACUGCUCUUUAUAACAUCGAAAUUAUGUUUUUAAUUAGGCACUUAAAUGAGGUUGGAAUGCCUAUGUAUUAUAUUUGGAGAAUUGUUAUAUAUUUUUUAUUGUAUCUAGUCUGUCAUACAAAAUUUAAUACCUGUUGAUUCGUGUUUUGUUUACAUGUAAAAGUAUGAAAUUACUCUAUGACGUGUUAAAAUAAAAUUUAUUCUUUAA